GGAAUAGAGCGGGGAUCGGAGGCCGACAGCCCCGCACCUGUUACCGAGAAGCCUGUGGGUAUCGCAGCCAGCGAGCUUAAUUCGGUAACGAGUCAAGCUUACUUCAUGGGAGACAAGAGGGAAGUGGAGGCGGCGAUUGGCAUUCCUGAGCACGGCCCCGAGGGCAUGCGACGAUAGGCAUGCUCCACACGAUAGGUAGCUGCCAAGGAACGGCUCCCGUGCAGCUGGAGGAUUAACCGAUAUUGUGAGCCGUCGGACCUAAGCUUUUUUAGGCUAACACAAUGGGUGUAUGAUGCGUUAUGGGUAAGCUGACUGACUGAAUGGAUGUGUGCGUACACAGCUGGUGAAGACAAAACCAUUCAAAAUGGAGCGAGCUUACAUGUUUCAUCCCUUCACUCGGGAAACACUACUGGAGAUCGAGCAGAGGAUCGAGGAGGAGAAGGCGUACGAGGAAGCUGCUCUCUCUCAGCCCGGCUCUCCGGCCCACAGCCCGCCCGGCUCUCCCGGGCACCACAGCGGCGCAGACCGCGAGGCUCGCCCGGGGAGCGACGCUCCUGACACCGAGUUGGAAGCUGGACGUUCUUUGCCAACUUCACUUGGAAGAUUCCCCAAGAAGUUGUAUGGGAGACCAGUGGAGGAUAUCGACCCAUAUUAUCGUAACAAGAAGACGUUCAUGGUUGUCGGCAAGAAGGGAGAAAUAGCGAGGUUCAGCGCAACAAAUGGACUGUGGAUCCUGUCGCCUUUCAACCCCAUCCGGGGGUUGGCAUUGUACAUACUUGUACAUCCGUGGUUCAGUCUGUUGGUGAUGCUGGCUAUUCUGGCGAACUGUGUUUUCAUGACGAUGACCGCCCCACCAGAGAUCACGGAAUACGUAUUUACCGGUAUUUACUCAUUCGAGAUGAUUGUAAAGAUAUUGGCAAGAGGUUUUAUUCUAGAGCCAUUCACAUAUCUCCGAGACGCCUGGAACUGGCUUGACUUCAUUGUUAUACUUUUAGCCUAUGUUACGAUGUUUGUUGAUCUGGGGAACCUUUCCGCUCUAAGAGCCUUCAGAGUACUCAGGGCGCUGAAGACCAUUUCUGUAGUGCCAGGUUUAAAAACCAUAGUGAAAGCUUUGAUAGAAUCAGUGAAGAAUCUUCGGGACGUUAUCCUGCUAACAGUAUUCUGCCUGGCUGUGUUCUCACUUCUCGCGCUACAACUCUACAUGGGGACCCUACUGAACAAGUGCGUGCGCGACCUACCGACAGACAAUGGAACAGCACUAAAUCUCACCGACGAGGUGUACAUGGCUCACAUAAACAACGAAACAAACUGGUACUUUUACAACGGGGAGUGGCCUCUUUGUGGAAACGCCAGUGGUGCAGGACAAUGCCCCACAGGGUACACGUGCCUUCCCGGAAUAGGGACGAACCCGAAUCAUGGCUUCACAAAUUUUGACACGUUCGGCUACGCGAUGUUAUCUUCUUUUCGCCUUAUUACGCAGGACUACUGGGAGAAUCUUUACCAGUUGAUAAUCAGAGCAGCUGGUCCGUGGAAUAUGUUGUUCUUCGUCUUCAUCAUCUUCCUAGGUUCCUGCUACCUCAUCAACCUGAUGUUGGCUGUUGUAGCCAUGUCAUACGCGGAUGCGAACGACAAUGACGAUGAUGAUGAUUCGUCCUCAUCGUCGUCGUCGUCCUCGUCGUGUUCCUGUUCUGGCAGCAGAUCAUGCCAGUCCGGGGACUGCUGCUGUGACUGUGCCUCCAUGGCAAGUGACAACAAACACGGUUCCACCGACUCCCUGGAUAAAACAGGCAGCAAACGUGACAGUAGAUUCAGCAUUCACAGCGUGAUCUUGCGGAGUAGAUCGUAUGAGUUGUUGAGUGACGGCGUUGUUCCGAGUUCUACUAUGGACAGCAUGAUUCAUAGCCCAGAUACAGACAGAACGUCUCUUCCAGGCAUCCUCAGCGACCAAUCGGAAAUGGAUAUGAAGGUCAUUUCCGAAGGAAAGGUUCCCAAUGGGAUGGUGGUGGAACCACGCUCUGACAAGGUCAGCGACUGGCCAGGUGUAGGAGACAUCAGGGGAAAAUCGAGCAGGGAAAUAGCAUGGUACUAUGAUACGGAUGACGAAGAAGACGCUGAAAACAAACCAAGACUGACUGAGAAGUUGAAAUCUUGGUGUUGCAAUACCUUUUGGAACAGUUGGGAGUGCUGUUCUUGCUUCAAACGAUUUCAAGAAAUUCUAUCCCUUUUAGUCAUGGACCCGUUGGUAGACCUAUUGAUCACACUAUGCAUUGUUCUGAACACGAUGUUCAUGGCUAUGGACCAUUACGGGAAAAGCGAGUCUUUUGAGCUGACCCUUAAAACCGGAAACUACGUUUUCACGGCCAUAUUUGCAGCUGAAUUUUUUCUGAAGUUGCUUGCCCUCGGGCCUACGGUGUACUUCAGCAGUGGUUGGAACUGUUUCGAUGCCAUCAUCGUUAUCCUCAGUCUGGCCGAGCUUGGAUUGGAAGGCGUCCAGGGGCUGUCUGUUCUCAGGUCAUUCAGAUUGCUAAGAGUAUUUAAGCUGGCGAAGUCCUGGCCGACGUUGAACCUGCUCAUCUCCAUCAUCGGCAGCUCCAUAGGCGCCUUGGGAAAUCUCACGUUCAUCCUCGGCAUCGUUGUCUACAUCUUCGCUGUGAUCGGGAUGCAGCUUUUUGGAGCUGAGUACGAGAAGAGAUUGGAUCUUUUUGACGGCGAGUUACCCAGAUGGAGUUUCGUGGACUUUUUACACUCCUUCCUGAUCAUCUUCCGAGUGUUAUGUGGAGAAUGGAUUGAAAACAUGUGGGUGUGUAUGCUCGUCAACGGAUGGGCCUGUAUCCCACUCUUCAUUCUGUCAAUGAUCAUAGGCAAUUUGGUGAUCCUGAAUCUGUUCCUUGCUUUGCUGCUGAGCUGCUUCAGUGCAGAUUCUCUAGCUGACCGGCCGGAAGGUGAUGGUGAACCGAACAAUCUUCAACUGGCAGUAGAGAAACUCAAACGGUGGGCACACAUGUUACUGGACUUCUGCCGCCCAAGUUUUUGGAGAGAAAGGAGGAAAGGGAAAGGAAAGUGCAACGAGCAACAUACUGCGGACCUGGCAAACUCUGAGGAAGCUGCAGAACAAGAUGCGGAGGAGGCUGCAGAAACUUUACCAACAGUGACGUCAUCACAUUUUCUGUUGGAAUCGGCCGCACCAGCGCCUCUGUGUAAAUUCGGCUCCAACUAUGACGUCACAAUCGUUGUUCCUACUCCUUCCAUGAACGGCCAUACACCCACCGGUGGACCUGUGCAGAUAAAGGACGCUGCUUCAAACCAAACACCAGUCUGUAACCAUAGGAUAUCAGAAAAGGGCGCAGAUGACCUUGGCAUUGUUAUUGAAUUCGGGGCAGCACAAUCGUCCCCGGUUGGAGAAAAUGGCAAACAUGUCAACUGCAAAGCAGGGAAUCGACCAGACAACAGUGCCAGUGAACAGAAGGGUGCUCAGUCAGUAGAACAGAGCACCAGCCACGGAAAUGUCCAGGACGAAGAAAACGAAGAUCCAGAUGUAAUCAUCGAUUGCUGUCCUCCUGUCUGUUAUCCAUGCUGCUACAAAUGCUGUGCAUGUGCCAACGAGGAGAGGAAAGCUGGGGAAAUGUGGAAGAAUGUUCGGCUAAAAGCAAACUUCAUCGUUCUUCACAAGUACUUCGAGACAUUUAUCGUUGGGAUGAUUUUACUGAGCAGCUUGGCGCUGGCUUUCGAAGAUAUUUAUUUAAAAGACAGACCCGCCUUGCAGCUUGGCCUGAACAUCGCGGAUCGGCUGUUUGCCGUGAUUUUCUGCGGUGAGAUGCUCAUAAAGUGGGUUGCAUUUGGCUACAGGAAAUACUUCACCAAUGCCUGGUGUUGGUUGGACUUUGUCAUCGUUAUGCAUGGUUUCGUAGGUUUGGAAAAGCAGUUUCUGGCACGGGAAAGGCUGAGGUCAUCAUCACGUCAUACGGUCAGGUUGCAUUGCUCAUGCGCAGUACUGAUGAAUCGUACCAGACGUUUUGGUGCAUCGUUCCAGAUUUCCCUGCUCGGAAUAGGGGCGGAGGCUCUUGGCCUUUCUAAUCUGUCGGCAUUCAGGUCCAUGCGAACACUGAGAGCGUUACGGCCACUGAGAGCAAUCUCUAGAGCGGAGGGCAUGAGGGUUGUAGUGAACGCGCUGGUGAAGGCCAUCCCGUCCAUCAUGAACGUGCUGAUGGUGUGCCUUGUCUUCUGGCUCAUCUUCGCUAUCAUGGGUGUCCAACUGUUUGGGGGACAGUUCUUCAAGUGUGUAGAUGAAAACAACAAACGGCUACCCAUCAACAUCACUGACAACAAAGAAGAGUGCCUGAUGAAAAACUACACUUGGAUCAACUCCAAGAUCAAUUUUGACAACGUGGGACAAGCUUAUCUGGUUUUGUUUCAAGUGGCAACGUUUAAAGGAUGGAUAGAAAUCAUGGCCGAUGCUGUGGACGUCAGAGGGGUUGGAAUGCAGCCAGACAGAGAAACCAGCCUGUACUUCUACCUGUACUUCGUCGUCUUCAUCAUCUUUGGCUCCUUCUUCACGCUUAAUCUCUUCAUCGGUGUCAUUAUCGACAAUUUCAACGCCCAGAAGAAGUGCAUGAUAAGGGAGGGAGGUGACUCAGAAGACCUUUUUAUGACGGAGGACCAGAAAAAAUACAGGAAGGCCAUGAAGAAGCUUGGAUCUAAAAACGCCAAAAAAGCGAUACCAAGGCCAUCGAACUGUGUACAAGGCUGGUUCUACGACACGGCGUUGAACACGAAGUUCGACAUCACCAUCAUGGUGUUCAUCUGCCUAAACAUGGUGUCUAUGAUGAUUGAGCACUACAGACAGAGUGAAAAGCUUAAAGAGGCGCUGGAACUUAUCAAUAUCAUUUUCAUCGCUGUCUUCACAUUCGAGGCUGUCUUAAAGAUUGUAGGACAGCGGUGGUACUAUUUCAAGCAACCCUGGAAUAUUUUUGACUUCGUCGUUGUAGUGAUGUCACUAUUAGGUCUAAUACUUGCUGACUUCAUCGCAAAGUAUUUCGUCUCACCAACAUUGUUGCGAGUGGUCAGAGUGGCUCGAAUCGGACGGGUGCUCAGGCUAAUUCGUGGUGCAAAGGGAAUACGGACCCUUCUAUUCGCAUUGGCUUUAUCUUUACCAGCUCUUCUGAACAUCGGAUUGUUGCUGUUCCUCGUGAUGUUUAUAUUUGCCAUAUUUGGCAUGUCAAACUUUGCUUACGUGAAAAAAAGUAACGGCCUGAAUGAUGUUAUCAAUUUUGAGACAUUUGGAAACAGCAUGAUAACUCUUUUCCAAGUAUCUACGUCAGCCGGCUGGAACGGGAUCUUGGACCCACUUAUAAACGAUGGUCCUCCGAACUGUGAUCCGUCUGCGGACACACCAUCCUCCAAUGGAGACUGUGGGAAUUCCGGAGUGGCUAUAUUUUAUAUGGUGGUGUAUCUAAUGGUCAGCUUCCUUAUCGUGAUAAACAUGUACAUUGCCAUUAUUCUGGAUAACUUCAGUCAGGUUCGACAAGAGGUUGAGGAGGGAGGGGUGACAGAGGAUGACGUAGAGAUGUUCUACGCUGUGUGGGAACGUUACGAUCCGGAUGCCACCGAGUAUAUUCAAUACGAGCGUCUCUCUGACUUCGUCAACGAAUUAGAACCACCUCUUCAAAUCAAGAAACCAAACAAAAUAACAUUAGCCUAUCUGAAUAUCCCAAUAAUGCAAGGGGAGAGAAUAUACAGCAAGCACCUGUUGAAAGCGUUGACCAAAUUUGUUUUAGGUACAGUUGGGAAAGAAGACGAUGAUGAUGAAGAGGAUGUGCCUGGUUCAGAAGAAGAACAUAAGAUGAAAGAGAUCCCGAUAUCAUCAACAUUGGUGAAGAGAAGAGAGGAAGUUGCUGCUCGUGUUUUCCAAAGGUGGUAUCGAAAAAUCAUGAGUGAAAGAAAAAAGAAACUUUUAGACAACCGCACUUCCAACGAACUGACUGAACAGGCGAGUAUGGAAGAGCCAAAGCCUAGUCCAGGAGAGCGGAAGCGAAAACAAAAGUCUACAUUACCUAUCAUUUUGAAACCUACAUUGUUAGAUCCAGCUAGCUUAAUCAAAUCACCAAAACUUACAAUUAGAGGGAAAAAGGAUACCAAUAGGUGAUUUCCUUCGCACGUGGAACACGUCUGGGAGUUGGAAUGUUGAGACCACGGGGACAGCUGACUCUUUGGGCGACAGAAAUUGUAUUGCUGCUAAACAGCUAUUACUUUUCAACCGAACGGAAGUUUUUCGUAUUUACUCUAGACGAAUUUAUUUUUAUAGUAAAAUUAUUGACAUGGUAACAUAUAAAAAUAUUAGAGGUAGCUCCGUAUAUGCCAUAUAUCCACACAUGUGUAACAGUGUACGCGUGAUGACAGAGUUUGCCAAUAACAGCAGACAUCACAGACACAGAUAUUUAUCUUUGAUACACAACUGGUUCAGGAAUUCCAACUAAUGGGUCUGAUAGAAAACAAUGUUAACUUGACCUGGAUGGCACCAGAGUUUUUGUUAGAUGUGUACGAAGGAAACACAUGGAAAAAGUUUUAUAAUUCUAACGUUGCACUGCAUUGUCACGUACCAGACUUCCAGAUAAAUUGCGUCAAAAGUAUGGGGUGUUGUGAAAGAAUCUAAAAUAAGCUAAGAUGCUAUGUCAGUUCAUUGAUCUGUCUCUUCUGCACUAUAGAUAUUAUCCAUACAACAUGGUGUGGGGAAUAGAGGAUGCUGAUUUGCCGAAACGACCAAAAAUAGAGAGCUUCCCUUGACUGCGAACUGCCUUCAUUGCCAGCCACAUGGUGAUGCUAAGAGGGCGCAGCUACGAUAUUGUAGUUGAUAUUGUAAUGUGUUUAAAGUUAAAACUUUUGGUCCAACACAAAAAAUCAGGGCCCAUCACCCUACAUUGAACCGCGACGG